UAGUGCAGCCAGGGGAAAUGUUUAUUAGAGAGUUCAAAUCAAGAUCACAAUGAUGGGGCCUACAGAUACUGUAGAUACACACUACAUCACAAAGCCCCCAUCUGAUAACAUUGAAUCCAAAGGAAUCUGCAAAAUCUUUAUUUAUUUUUACUAUAUUCCCUAUAGUGCCGGUGUGACCAAGGUCAUCUUAAUUGAGAGCUGUCUCUAAUCUCUAAUUUUUCCUCGCAGAUGAUUCCCCCCUCACUGACCCCUGUGUUUUUGAACAAGAUACUGAUCCACAUGACAAAAAGGUUCACUGGGACAUGUUCCUCACACAGUGACAAUGAUUGUGACAAGCAAACAGCUUGUGCAAUGGCUGUCUAAUUCUACAAGAUUGCCGAAAGAGAAAUUCAUAUUAAUCUCGGGCCAUUGGAAAAGCACGAAUGCAGGCAACUGGAGAAAUUAAAAACACAAACUAAAUGUUCUUUUGAAGGAUUCAUCUGAACCAUACUCCCUCAAGACUUGAAAAAAAAACUGCAGAUAGUAGUUUUCAUAAAUUUGUAUUGACUUCUGCAUGUUUUUGUUUACGAUUGUGCAUUGGUCCCAUGUUUAAAAACAAAAAUGGGGGGAGUCAAGCCUCGGAGGAUGACCAGAUGCUGCGAUUGGUCGGACGCUCCACGUUGCUCAAAUCUAAACAGCAGCGUAAAGCAGCAGGAGCAUCCUCACCAUCCGAGCCUGGCGCACGUAUCUCGCGUUGGGUAGAAAAGUCAAAAUAGCAAUAGGGUGUGAGAGAAAGAUGAUAGAUUAGAGUGUCGCACUGGGAUAUUUGGCUCCGCACUGGAUCGUCACUCUUCUGACAGCCAGGCAGCAACGCAGCGCCAGACAGCACGGCGCUGAUUCCCUCCAUCCACUGAGUGAGGAGCAUCUGCUGGCAGGAAAACAAUCAAAAAAAACGGGCUGAUCAUCAUGGGCUCUUAUUUUUGGUAGGCUAACAUUGUCAGAGCUGCAACACAAACGCCCGCCUGCACCCAGAGAAAAAAAGAUGGGUUCCAGACUGAGCAGGCAGAGCAGCCUGGACAAUGACAAUUUCUCCAAAAAGCGACGAAAGCUUCUGGACAGCACCGGUGAGAGCGACAGAGGCAGCGGACGGGGCGGUGGGGACUUUCUGUUUGCACUGAUGCUGAAAUCAGACAAACUGCCCGGGAUGCUGCGGAGGUCCAACCACAGCCCGUACAUGAGGCGAGUGGCAUGGAUCAAAGAGAUACAGAAGCUGCUCCGCGACCGCAGGAUGGAGCAGGCAACCGACGUGCUCAAAUUACUGAGGAAGGAUCUGGGUUUGGAAGGCAACUCGCUCAACGACAUCUUGUACAAAAACGCUGCCUUCCUCAACCUAGUGGACCCGAUCUCACACGAGCUGCUGCUCAGCCUUGCUCGAGAGAUGCAGUGUCCUAAGAAGGAUGCGGACACCAGAAAGUCUAUGGAUAAGAUUUGCAGGCAGCUGAUCUACCACCUGACCCCACACUCAAAGUGGCUGAGGCAGAGCAUGUCCAGACAGAAGUCCCAGGCCUGUCUCAAGACCACCCUACAGAAAAAGCUAUCCAAUGACUCCGUUGACUUGUCCGGCAUCCCUCUGUCCACCCGUGAUGUCAGUCAAGUCGCCUUCUACCUCCAAAACAACAGAGACACUGUGGUGGCUGUGGACAUCAGCUUCACAGAACUUCAGGAUGAGAACUUGAAGCUUCUUCUGCCUCUUCUCGCCUCGCUGCCCAAACUCAGCACCCUGGCUCUCAAUGGCAACCGCCUCACCCUGGCUAUUAUCAAAGAUCUCACUGAGAUGCUCAAAGACCCCAAGAUGUUCUCCAGUCUGGCCUGGAUCGACCUGGGCAACAACGUGGAUAUUUUCACCAUGCCACAGCCGCUGUUAGUUGCGUUGCGCCGGCGCUGUAGCCUGAAGAGCAGUUUACCAACCAUCUACGAGUACACAGAGGGUCAACCCUACUGCUACCACCUGGAGACCUCUAUUGAGGAGCCCAGCCACUACGAGGAGGAAGAGGGACAGGAAGACGAGGCAGAGGAUGACGAGGACGACAUGGGGAACAAAUUCGAGCUGGGGUCGUGGGGUUUAGGGGAAAAGCAGCUCUCCAAAGACUUCACCCUUCACUACUGUGAGAGGUGAUGGGAUAUUUUCUCUCAGGCUCUUACAACUGUGGAUGAAAUGUCCUCCUCUGACACUCCGUUACUUCCUUCACCCUCUUGCCCUCACACCACGAGCCCAGUCACCCCUCGAGGCAUGGGGGAAACCAGUGCCCACAUUGUGAAUUUCUCCUCCAGACACACCUAUCAAGUUAUUCCUAACCAUUUCUCUAAGUUAACCCACACAAGAAAGUGACAGUCACAAUGGUGGACUUACUGUGUUGGUGGAUGGUGCUCUUGGGAACAAGGUGCGGUUUCAUUGGAGGGGGGCUGGAAGAGUUAAUGAACCGAUGCUCAAUCUCUCUCUCUCUCUCUCUCUCUCUCUCUAUCUCUCUGUGAUUGUGGCAGCUGAGGAACCAGUCCCAAGGAGAUUUAGAUCAGUUGGUUGGAUGCAGGAGCAGCAUCCCUGCGGUAGCUGGAGUGGAACUGGAGUUAGUUUGGAAACGGUGGGUCCCUCUGAGUUCGCUACCAGGACUGAGGCUAUCUCUGGCGGGCAGGGCCUCAUCACCACAUUGUGUGUUCUCUGUUAAUCUCUCAACAAAAGCUAUGACACAAGUUCAACAGACUAUACAGCCGACGACCUGUCACGUGACGCAGGCAAAACUGCUAGGUCAAGACUUUUUGCGCUUUCCCCCCCUUUCCAAAUGUCCACUUGUGAAUACCCACGCAGCUCUUGUGUAGAUGCAAAUGAGGACACAAAACAGGGCUCUGUUGUGUUUCCACGGGGUAUUUUUUGUGCACUUUCGGUGAACAAAGCAAUCUUAGAAGACAACAGGUAGGACUCAACAAUGGGUAGCUGUCACUGAUUGUUUUUUUACUUGCCUCGAUGCUGAUAUUUACCUCUCAGUAAUUGCUGAACUAUUGUAGUCAUCACCACAUUGUUUCAGUGCAUUUAUGACACAACUUCCAGCUGUAAUAUGGGCCACUGAGUAUGCGCCAAGCCCAAACUGCCCUUCCCAUUGCCAUUCGUCUCCAAAGAUAUUUUGUCAUUUCCAUUUAUUGAAUUCCAUUGGCCCUGGGUUUGUUAUGAGACACAGCCAUGACUGUUAUUUCUUGGUUAUAGUCUUUCUACAGUAGCACACAAUGAUUUAGUUAGACCGACCAAAACACUGCAAUGCACUUUAAGGCCCUAUUAUUUUUAUGUUUCAGUUUCUCCACAGCAUAUACUCUGUGUACAUUAGAGAUAUUUACAAAGCAGAAGGUGAACGUGUUCCUCAUUAAGAUGAAAUGACAACCUAAUGGCUCAUGAUUUUUUUAGAAGGAUCAUUACAAACAUCACCAGAUAUAUGAUACAUUUUUAAGUGUGCGUUAUGUGUUUGUAACAGUAAAUUUUAUAACUACUGCUGUAAUUAUUGGUUUCUGUUUUGGUGUAUUGUCUUUCGUCCAACUUGUUAAUUAUAAUAUUGACUCGAAUGACGAAGAAACUGAGCCCGGUGACCUGCUGCUGUAAACCUUAGCAGUAAACCAAAGGGGACAUGGCUGAUGGGGUUACAGAUGUAAAUGUGAUUUAAUGUGAAAAUAUUUUAUGUUGAGUGGUUGAGUGGCUACCCCCCUAACCCAUCUGAAUAAUGCAGAGCACUGUCCACUUGGUUUGUGAUAUAUGUCCGUGCGUCAUCGUCAAACUCUACAUUGUUGUAUCCUGUGUGUACUUGUCUCAUCCCAAACACUGACUGCCAAUAAAAGAACUGAUCCAAAUUGA